UUAGUGUUGGAGCCUACUUUUGUUGGAUGUUGUCUUCAUAAAUGUCUGACUUACUACGUAGGAAAUGUACCUGGGAAGAACCUUGAAGAGACACACAGAUCUCUGUCAAAGUAAUUAUUUGCCAAGAGAUUCCUUUACUUAACUGAGCUUGGCAAAGCAAGGAUAUGAACAAUUAUACAGGUGGGCUACUCAGGGGGAGUGAAGAUAUAAGGCAUCCAAUCAGGUAUUGGCAACCUGCAGCACUGUAAAAAUGCCCCUCCAACAGAUUUCUGUAGUCCCAGCGCGGGAGACUGCCAGCAAUGGGAGAAGUUCAAUGGGCAGAAACAAAGAGAAGAGCAAGGAAGUCGAGAAUGACAAAUCUCCAGGGCGCUCUGCAAGUCGAUCAAGUAACAUCUCAAAGGCAAGCAGUCCCACAACAGGAACAGCUCCCAGGAGCCAGUCCCGGCUGUCUGUCUGUCCUUCCACGCAGGACAUCUGUCGGAUCUGUCACUGUGAGGGAGAUGAUGAAAGUCCCCUCAUCACACCAUGUCGCUGCACAGGAACCCUGCGCUUUGUUCAUCAAGCCUGUCUGCACCAAUGGAUCAAGAGCUCAGACACACGCUGUUGUGAACUCUGCAAGUAUGACUUUAUAAUGGAGACCAAGCUCAAACCUCUUCGGAAGUGGGAGAAGCUACAGAUGACAACAAGUGAGAGGAGGAAGAUAGUCUGUUCUGUUACAUUCCACAUUAUUGCUAUUACCUGCGUUGUUUGGUCAUUGUAUGUUUUAAUAGAUCGGACAGCUGAGGAAAUUAAGCAAGGCAAUGACAAUGGUGUCCUUGAAUGGCCAUUUUGGACAAAACUGGUUGUGGUGGCCAUUGGGUUCACUGGAGGCCUAGUCUUCAUGUACGUACAGUGUAAAGUCUACGUUCAAUUGUGGCGCAGGUUGAAGGCUUACAAUAGAGUGAUUUUUGUUCAAAACUGCCCAGACACUGCUAAAAAACUGGAGGAGAAGAAUUCUUCAUGCAUUCAGAACUCUGAAAUCAAGGAUGCUGUGGUAGUGCCAGUACCACAGACAGGUACAAACUCACAGCCAUCAGCUGAAGAAAUGACUUCUGAGGUCAUGCCAGUUUGACAGAGGUGGCACUCUUUCUUCACUUGAAGAAUAAAGUGUGAGUGUUUUCUACACCACAGCCACUAAAGAAAGCAGAGAUGAUCAUGCAUACCGAGUUAAACAACACAAACCCUACCCAGGAAAAAAGGAUCCAGCGAAGCAACAUGUGUUACUUUAUGGAAUGUGACCAUUUUGUGAAGUAGUUUCUCAACUAGUCAGCCAGGUAUAGUGACAGUGGAAGUGUAGAAAGUGCAGUAGACAACAGUUAACAGACAAUGCCAAACAGACAUGACAAGAUGACCUUUUUAAACUGAAUGGCCAUGAGGAUAUUGGAAAGACCUGCUAUUAUUGUUCUGUUUACAGGGAAAAACAAACAAACCCUUUCCACCUGUUUAUUACUACUAAGGGUCUUAUUUGCUAAUUAUCUUCUUAAAAUACACUUCAAAGUAAUACCAUUAAGGUCAUUCACAUAAACCCUCAAUCAACAAAGUUAACAGACCUACACCAUGGCACUCCUCUAAGCCUCAAGAAGUUACAUGCUUGUGUGCUAUAUUGGGUGCCUGAAUGUUUUGGUAGUUGUAUGAGUUGAGGAUAGCUGAAGGGUAGUAUUGAAUAUACAGUCCAUUUGAAUAUAGAGUCACAUUUUUGCAAAAAUAUUCAACAAUCAGACUUUGAGUUCUCUAAUUGUCUCAACCCUUUCCUUGGUCCCGUGAAAUACAGAAGUUAUUUAGCCAGAAGGCUUCAGAAAAUUAUUAGAUAAAUGUCUGGAACAGGACCUCUGUUGCAGUACUUCAAAAAGUGAGUAAAAGAAACACGAAUUCUCUGUUAUAUAAGCAUACUGGAUAUAGAAAGCUUUGUUCCAAAAUGGAAAAAGAUUAAUCAUAAACAGAAGUAUUACAGGUGGAAGCAUGCAAUCCACUCCAAAAGAACUUGACAUUGAAUUAUAUGUCUAAAGACUUGGGGGGAUAGAGGGAAGUAGUGGGAAUUUUAAACAUAAGGCUUUAUUUUUUAGAGUUUGUGAUACAGCAAUUAAGGUAGUCACAAGCAAGCAUACCUAGUCUUAAAAUGAUGCUGGUAUCUCCUUGCUCUGAUUUGGCUGAAAAAGUUAUCAGUGGAUUCUUUUAUAUGGGUAAGAUUGAGCUAUUAGCAAUUCAACAGUUCAGUUGUUACUUUUGUGUUUUGAGCAUUCUCAUGUUAAGUGAAGUGUGAAUAACAUUAACAGGUGCAAUAGAUAAAUGAAUGUAGAUAUAAUAAUGUGUCCAACAGAGUGAGUUAUAUAAAGAGAAGACUUUUGUGAUUUACUUCCAAUCUCUGUGGUGUUUAUUACUGGGACAGGAGAGGCAAGCUGGUGAGAAAUACCUGUGCCUUGGUUUGGGUAAGUCUGAGGACAACACUUGAUAGCAGCUAGGGCUCCUUUUGAACUUGUAUUUAGGAAAUUGGCCUGGGGAGAGGGAUGGAAAGAACAAACAUACAUUCUUUUAAAGAGGUAGAAGACAAAUGUCUGUUGUAUUCAAAUGUCUGAGGUACUGGUAUUGGUGUGCUAAUAUUCUCCUUCUUUACUUUGAUGAAGUUUGGACAGGAUACAGUUUUAUAUCAAACUGCAAAGGUAUAAAGGCACUUUUAGAACAUUUCAUUCUGUUACAUUUUUACACUUUAAGUUUGGAAUAAUAACCUUAAAGUAAAUAACAGCCAGGAGGAAACUGGUUUAUUCUUUAAAUAUUUAUUAAUGGGGACUACAUAAUUAUUGGUCUAAAAUUUGUAUACCCAAGGUAAUUAUCAUCAGAUUUUUUGGAAUUAAACUACAUUUUAUAAUUUUAAACCCCCAAAUCCUGUUUCAUGCAAGAUGCUUAAAUCUAAAAUCCCUGUUCUAAGAUGGAUUUGUUUGGGCACAAGAUGCCAUUACCUCUUUUGUUCAAACAAAUGAUUUUUCCCUCUUCAGCCUAUUUGUUCCUUGGUUUGUAGUCAUGUCUUAGAACCAUGAAAAUAUUUAUGCCCUAAAGUCACGGUAUUUACAAGACCAUACCAAGACUUCUCCCUCCCCCAUAUGGCAACAGCUUUGCUGACAUUGUGCAUUUGAAGCUUAGUUAAAGUUUAAACAUUACAAAGGGAAAAAAUCUUUAACAAAAACUACCCUCAAUGAAAUAUAUAUCUGAACAAUGGGAUGAAGAGGGAAAAUGUAACAUUUAGUCAGACCAAAAGACCAUUAGAGUAAAAUUAACAUUGGGUAUAGGUGGGCUUAAAUAAGGGCUUUGAUUCCUUAGAAUAGGGGUGCUCAACUUGGUCCCAUGGGACAAAUUUGACCCAUUGGGAUUCCAUGGAUCAGAAAACCUGGUAGCAGGGGAUGGUGGAAGCUCUGUGAAGCUGGCUCCAGCCUUACUCAGGCCAUUGAAACAAAAGAGUAUCAGGGUCAGGCCCUAUCCCUGAAUGUCCAGAUUGGUCCAUACUCCUCCCCUUCCAUCCCUCCCAUGCCCUGAUCAGGGCAAUCCCAUCCCACCCUUCCACCCAGCAUACACAUCAGUGCUGCCCACCCCUUUCCCGCAUGUCUGGAUUGGGGCCACUCUGUUUCCCUACCACCUGGUGCAUCAGGAUUGGGGCUGCCCUGCCCACCCCACCCCACGUGUCCAGAUCAGGACCACGCCAUCCCCACCCUGGCCAGAUAGAUCGAGGUCAUGCUACACAACCCCUGCAGCUGGAUUGGGGCCAGUUGGCUGGAUGCAACCCACAGAGGGACCUGGCCCUGCCCAUUUGGCCUGCAGGGCAAGAUGGUUGGGCACCACUGCCUUAGAACAUUAUUGUAAAUGUUUUCUUUUCUCCUUGUCCUCCUCUUUCAUAGGAGGUUGAUUUGUGAUAGCUUGUGAAGACUUAGUGGUAGGCAGAAAGACACAUUUGCACUGUGUGGUAAGUCUUGCCUCCAAGAAAAAAAUAUGCAUGGUAGGCAAUACCUCAUUCAAUUCUUUGUCAUUUACGGAAUUUAACGGUCUGUAUUAAUCCAAUUACUUUAGUUUACCAGAGGCUUCUAUAACACAAAAGGAACACAUUUUUUUUUUACUGGAAAAAUAGAAGUCUAGUACUUUUUUUUUUCUUUUUUUAAUAACAUGAAGUAAUGGUAUUGCAAGUAGAAGUUAAAGAUCAGGGAACAUCGACACAGACAUAAAUAGUCUUUCCACAGUGGACAGCAGUAAGUACCCAAAUCAGGCAAAGCUUCAUCUUGGCAUGGUUAAGAAUUACAGGACCAAACCCUGGGACAGAUACCCACCACAAUCUGCCCUUUCAUAGAUAUACUUAGUUUCAUUAAACUGCAUUAAUUUGGAACCAAGUCCUGCCUCCUGGCUUGAGCAACACUCCUAAUUAAUUUGGGUGAAAGUUAUGCUUUAACAAAGACUGCAGAACAACUGUACUAAUGAGCAAUUUUGGAAUAUCAACAAGAUGCUUCUGUUCUGUGUUAAACGUGUAUGUCCUCUUUACUGGUUUCUUAAAAGUUUGCCAUUCCAGGAAUGAAUUAUUUCAAUGAUUCAUUUAAAAAUUGGUAGCAACACUGAACGAUUUAUUUUUAUGCUAGCAUUAUGAAGAUUCUUAAUAAGUCCAAUGAUGCCAUGUCAUAUAUCGCUAUGCUUAAAAGGCAGUGUUUAUUUUUCUGGCCUGCAGAAAGUUUCCCAUCACCAGGACUAGCCCUUUCUAAUUCUAAACAUUGCAGUGAAAUGUAAUAUGGGAUGGAAAUAUUUUACUGUGUGUAAUAUUGGAUCAAGUUUGUGUUGUCUGUUUUAUCCUCUUCUCUUUUGCAAAAUAAAAAAGAUGAAUUUUUGGGUGAAUGUGUGUCCUGAAAGACAGAAGGUAAGGGGAACAAAAAUUACUAGAACUGCUAACUGUUGUGGAACAAAUUUGUAUUUGUAUUAAACGAGUGACCCCAAA